CUGCAUUAACUCCAUUGGGAGAGUGGUGGAAGUGUGGAACCCAGCUCUCAAUUUGCUUUUUUUCCUAAAUCCAUUUGCUUCAUUUUGGUGGCUCUUCUUUAGGUUUGGAAUGGACGGUUGGUGCUAAACUGAGCUACUUUGUUGAAGUUUGGGGUUUAUGAUCGGACAAUUUGCAAUGAAUCUAGUCUGGGUAUUGGUGUUAUUGGUUUUCUGCAAUGGAUUUUUUCAAAAUGGAGUUAGCAAAAAUGUUUCUACACGACCCGCCAUUGUGAACAUUGGGUCUAUAUUUACUUUUGAUUCUGUAAUAGGCAAAGUUGCAAAAGUUGCCUUAGAGGCUGCAGUCAAAGAUGUGAAUUCCGAUCCGGAUGUUCUUCAUGGAACCGAGCUACGACUUACAAUGCAUGACACCAAUUUUAGUGGAUUUAUGGGCAUUAUUGAGGCUUUGCGGUUCAUGGGGACUGAUACUGUGGCCAUAAUUGGGCCCCAAUCAUCCGUUACGGCUCAUGUGAUUUCACAUGUUGCGAAUGAGCUCCAAGUGCCUUUGUUAUCCUUUUCUGCAACAGAUCCAACUCUGUCUUCACUUCAGUACCCGUUCUUCGUUAGGACAGCACAGAAUGAUCUGUUCCAGAUGGCUGCGAUUGCUCAAAUGGUUGAGUACUAUGGAUGGAGAGAGGUAAUAGCAAUCUAUGCCGAUGAUGAUCAUGGGAGGAAUGGAAUAGCUGCACUGGGGGAUCAACUUGCCGCGAGACGUUGUCAAAUCUCUUACAAAGCUGCUUUGAAUCCUGUAGCAACUCGAGCUGACAUCACAGAUGUCUUGGUUAAGGUGGCUUUAUCAGAGUCCCGGAUUCUCAUUCUUCACACUUAUUUGGGUUGGAGUUUAGAAGUCUUUGCUGUGGCACGAUAUCUUGGGAUGAUGGGUAGUGGAUAUGUGUGGGUAGCUACAAAUUGGCUCUCAACUAUCUUGGAAACUAAUUCUCCCCUCCCUCCAGAGACAAUGGAGAAUAUUCAAGGAGUUAUUACAUUGCGUAUGUACACACCGGAUUCGGAACUAAAGAGACGCUUUGUCUCUAGGUGGAGCAACUUGACAAGUAAAGUGACGACUAAAGGCCCAAUCGGGCUGAGUACCUAUGGCCUAUACGCCUAUGACACUGUCUGGCUACUUGCUCAUGGAAUUGAUGCAUUUUUCAAUCAAGGUGGAAGGAUCUCAUUUUCUAAUGAUUCCAGGUUAGAUAAGCUAAGUGAAGGGAGCUUACGCCUUAAUGCUAUGACCAUCUUUGAUGAAGGGAACUUGUUGCUCAACAGCAUUUUAAAGGUUAAUAUGACUGGUGUAACAGGACCGAUGAACUUUACUUCGGACAGAUCCCUAUUUCAUCCUGCAUAUGAAGUUAUUAAUGUGAUUGGAACAGGCUCUAGGAGAAUUGGUUAUUGGUCAAAUUAUUCUGGUUUGUCAGUUGUGCCUCCCGAAACACUCUACACAAAGCCACCUAAUCGUUCCAGUUCCAGUCAACAACUGUACGGUGCAGUCUGGCCUGGACAAACAACACAAAAACCUCGUGGAUGGGUUUUCCCGAACAAUGGAAGGCAUUUGAAAAUUGGAGUUCCAAAUCGAGUCAGUUAUCGUGAAUUUAUUGCACAAAUACCAGGCACCGAUAUGUUCAAAGGGUACUGCAUUGAUGUUUUUACUGCUGCCCUGAACUUGUUGCCAUAUGCUGUCCCAUAUAAACUAGUACCAUUUGGGGAUGGUAUUAAAAACCCAAGUUGCACUGAGCUUGUGCGGUUGAUCACUGCUGGUGUCUAUGAUGCUGCAAUUGGUGACAUUGCAAUCAUCACUAAUCGAACAAGAAUGGUGGAUUUUACGCAGCCAUAUGUUGAGUCUGGUCUAGUUGUGGUGGCACCUGUUAGGAAAUUAAACUCUAAUGCUUGGGCUUUUCUGAGGCCAUUUGAUAAAAGGAUGUGGGCCGUGACAGGAACCUUUUUCCUAAUUGUUGGAGCAGUUGUUUGGAUUUUGGAACAUAGGAUGAAUGAUGAAUUUCGCGGCCCCCCUAGGAAACAAGUUGUCACUAUUCUAUGGUUUAGCUUUUCGACAUUGUUCUUUUCCCAUAAAGAAAAUACAGUCAGCACCCUUGGUCGCCUUGUGCUUAUCAUAUGGCUUUUUGUGGUUCUAAUAAUCAAUUCAAGUUACACUGCAAGUCUGACCUCAAUACUCACAGUGCAGCACCUUUCUUCGCCCAUUAAAGGGAUUGAAAGUCUAAUGAAAAGCAAUGCCCCAAUCGGCUACCAACAGGGUUCAUUUGCCCAGAAUUAUUUGAGUGAGGAACUUAAAAUUCAUGAAUCUAGGUUGGUUCCUCUAAACUCCCCAGAAGAAUAUGAAAAAGCCUUAAAGGACGGUCCCAAUAAGGGUGGUGUUGCUGCAGUGGUUGAUGAGCGUGCAUAUAUAGAACUCUUCCUUUCAAGCCGGUGCGAAUUCAGUAUCGUAGGUUCAGAGUUCACCAAAAGUGGGUGGGGAUUUGCCUUUCCAAGGGACUCUCCUUUAGCAGUAGACAUGUCAACUGCCCUUUUGCAGCUGUCGGAGAAUGGUGAACUCCAAAGGAUCCAUGACAAAUGGCUUAUGAGAAGUGCUUGCAGCUUACAAGGUGCAAAGCUUGAUGUGGAUCGGCUUGAGCUGAAAAGCUUUUCAGGCCUCUUCCUCAUAAGUGGAUUAGCAUGCUUGCUUGCUCUCCUUGUUUAUUUCAUUCUGAUGGUACGCCAGUUCAUCCAGCAUUACUCUGAGCCCGAGGAGUCUGAUUCGUCUAGUCGAAGCUUACGAUCAGCGCGUCUUCAGACAUUCCUUUCAUUUGCUGAUGAGAAGGAAGAGACAACAAAAAGCCGAUCCAAGAGAAGGCAAAUGGAGAGGGAUUCAAUUAGAAGCAACGAGGGAGAUGGAUCAUCAAAUGGUUCCAAGAAAAACCUUACUGAGAUAUCUUCAAACAGAAAUGUUGGUUUUGAAAUGCAACCUAAUUAGUUCAUCCUGAACCAGGUGGCAGUGUAAACUGAAUCAUUAGGAUAAAGUGGUACAAGGGGUCUGAUGGAAGGAAGCCGAGAUUGCUGGCUGCUUUAAAUAUACCAAUUCCAAUCAGGGGAAGUAUCAUGUAUCUCACACAAAUGACUGCAACGAUGAUCAAUGGUUUUAUUUUAGCCUUGCGUAGGCCUGUUCAACACACAGCAAUGAUCUGUCAGAGACUAGUUUUCCCACUAUAUAGUUUGUAUUCAAUAGAGCAUUAAGAGCUCUUUUUACCUACGAGGUUGCCUCCUAGUAUGAGGGUGAUGCAAGGUAUUGUUCCAUCCCUGCACAUGUAAGUUAUUAUAUGUUGUCAAUUGGCCAGUAAAGAACUUUAGAUGAGAUGAGACAUUGUUGAAUUAAAAAGAAAAAUAUGCAAAAUUUCAGAAAGUAUUGUAAAGUUCCAAACUAUUUUGAAAUUCAGGGUUUGUUAAGGUUACA